AUGCGUUCUGUUAAUGGAGGAGGUAGCAUCGCGAAUAGAAGAUUCUCAGAGCCUCCCAGGUACAACUAUUCUCCCAUCAAGCAGGCAGUAGACCCUUCCGGUGAAAGAUUAUCUGGAAGGUCUGAUGGUAGUGUUCCAGCCGUACUGACUUCUGAAAACAUGUCCACUUCAUCUUCGGGGAGCUCCGUUACACCAAAGAACCUACGACAGAGGUAUACUUCCACUAUUUCACUGAGUAUCUGCUCCUCAAAUACAUCUUCACCAACUUUGAAUGUGAGUUCGGCCAACUCAACAAUUAGAUCGCCUAAGACUCCCUCGAAAGCAGCAACAGAAAGUAAUGCUCUGACAAAUGUAACCACCCCAACAACUUUCAACGGUCAAAAUUCAAGUAGUUCCAAUGGCAGUGACUCCCUGGAUCAACAGAAUACUCUACGAAGUACCUUGAAUUCCACUCCCAUUCAUCGAAAUCAAAGCGCUAAGUAUAUGAGUCCAAUAGCAACGAACCAAAAUUCCCACCUUUCUAGUCAAUUGAAGAGUGCCAGUUCCACUAUUGCUGAGAUUGAAAAGGAAGUAAUUUCAGUGAAUCCAAAUGUCAACCGUCCGAUUAUUAUCCGAGAGAUUGAGGAGGAAGAGGAUCAAUGCAGUGAUAUUGACAUGGAGUCCUCGGGAGAGUACGAGAAGGAAGAGGUGUCGGUAAUUGAGAGAGUUAAGGAGCCAACUCAAGUGAAAGAACGAAAUGAAUCAUUUGUGGAGGUUUCAAAGAUGAAUCUUGAAGAUGAGGGCUGUGUAACAGACGUCAAUGGCAUUAUUGUUUACACCCCCGCUACUUCUGAGUAUCGAAAUCUCUUCCAAUCAAACCGAGAUGAUCUCAAACACUUCAUAAAACGCGUCUUACAACAAGUUCAGAGUGAAUCCAGUGAUCAAAUCGUGUUUGCUGUUGGAAAACCCCCAGAACCGACUUUCCGUCUGUGUAAGUUAAUCUACGACGAAAUACCCUAUAUUCUAACCUCCACCAAGGAAUUAAUUAACAACGCUUUCCUCAUAUCGGAGAAACUCCUUGGUCGACAGGAGUUAAGCAUUCGUGGAAUGGAAUUCGUAUUCUCUAGAGAUCUUCGACUAAUCGAUGUAACAAUGAAUACCUACCUAAAUGCAAAUACCUCAGCCCGACAAAUCUUCAAAAAUCCUCUAUUUCGCGCCUUUAAUAGCUACGUAACUUCGAGGUCGUCUGAAACCUCUCCAACCAAAGACACUAACAGAGCAUUUCUUGCAGAUCUUGCUGAAAUUGUACAAUUUCAAUUGCUUAUCAUGUCAGCCGGGUUCGGUCCCCAAGAGAUUGUCGGACUAUACCGUUUGAUGAUUGCUAUGUCUGCAAUCCGAUUUAUAAAACAGAGCAAACCGCGACAGUCGACCAAUUAUGGAAGACUGAACUCCCUUCCUGAAGAUUUGUAUUUAUGCAUUCAAAAGAGGAUUCUUCAUGGAAAGGUUGCAGCUCCGCAUGCCUUAUCAGAUUUUACCGCAAAUGAAGUGGCCCGAUUAAUUGGAGUGGACGAAAAGGCCUUUAACAACUUGGUAUUUUCAAGGAGCUCAUGGAGAGAACAUGCUCGUGGCAAUGUUAUCUCCAAGCAAUUCUGGCGCUAUCUGCAGUUCCGAAAGAGUAAACUAUUGUCUCCAACUAGUAGCACAUACUCCCAGAAUGAUUCUGGGUUCUUUGAGGAUUAUUCAGGCUCCCGAAAGAGAUGUCUAAAGAUGCGAAAACCAAUUCAACAGAUACGAAUUAGGAAACGUUAUUUCAGGAAGGUGACUAGGACAAGAAAACAUCUGGAACUCGAUCAUCGUGCUAAUAUGAAGCACAUUUAUCAUCCAAGCAGGCAAAAUGGAGUCAGACCACAUCGAACUGUAGUAGAAAUGAUUUGCAGAAAACUUCAUCUCCUCUGUGUUUCGGUGGUACUCAAUAAGCUCAAUUCGAUGUUACAUUCGUCUCUGAACAGGUAA